GUGUUUCAGGGCCCCUUUAAGCCAGCCUGGUACCUCGGUUGAUAUCAAGUCUUGCCCUGAUCUUGUUACAAAUUACCUUGGUGAAUAUAUUGUGCAACACGGGCAGCACACAAAUGGCAAGAGGUGGUGGCUGGGCCUAGGCCUCCCACGUGGGGACGUCGAGGUGUUGCCUUUUCGUCGCCUCACAGGCUUGCUGGGUCGCCCAGAGUUGGUCGUCGAGGUUGGAGCUACGCAGGGCAGCGUGCCAUCUCGACGACAGGGCCGUGGGCAAGAGAGACCUUAAAGGCCACCAUGGGUGAGGUGACACAAGUGAGCUCCCUGCCGCUGCCGCCAAUGCAGUAUGUCAGCCUCUACACGGAUGAAAACCUGCAGUGUGGACUGUCACCACCACGACCACUCCAGGAAGGCUACUCCAUGUUUGGCGUACCUUUCCACGGUGAGGAGCCCAUCAUUCGACCCCUGGAGAGUCAGGGCAUCCGGCGGCUCUACCCGCAGAACUACGAGCACAAGAAGGAGCUGAAGAAGCUCAACCACUCGCUGCUGGUCAACUUCCUGGACAUGGUUGACGUUCUGAUCCGCUGCCCCGACACCUCCAAGCGGCUCGAGAAAAAGGAAGACAUGAGUCUGCUCUUUGUGCACAUGCACCACCUCAUCAACGAGUUUCGGCCACACCAGGCACGGGAGACACUCCGGGUCAUGCUUGACAUGCAAAGGCGGCAGCGGCUCGACACGGCGCACCGUUUCCACAAGCAUCUGGACAAGGUGCGUGAAAUUCUCCAGAAUACCCUGACCAUGCUUCCCGAGCCAGAGUCCCUUGCAGCCUGGCAGCAGCCAAGCGAAGCCACCAUUGCGGCCUGCCCAAGCCAGGGCUCAGUGUCCAUGCAGGGACACUGCCUUAGCCAAGACCGCAUCAUGUGCGGAAUAGUGGAUGCACUGUGACCAUUGCCGCAGCCAGCACUUGCUGCGGGCAACAUAAUGCCCAUGCACGAAGAGGCACCCAGAAGCUCAACAAACUGAUGGGAAGGGAGGCGAGGCGAGGGGGGUUCUACUCCAGAAGCAGCUGCUUACGCGCCUCUUGAAAGUGAUCUGCAACUUGGAAGCAGUGUCAGUGGUCUGCUCCAUUGCUUCCUUUUUAAUUGGUUUCUUUUUCCCCAGGAAUGAAGUUGUCCCAAGUGAAGUGUUUCAAGCAAACCAGCAUAGUAUGAGUCACCUUUUCUCAAUGUGUAAGGUUCUUAUCCAGUGAUCUGCCAUGUGGACAAAGUGCAACUAGGACCAGUAGCGUCAUACACGCUGUGAUUUCGACGUUUAGUUCAUGUUUGAAGCCAGAGACAACACAAAGGUCAAUUCGCUCGCUGCUGCUGUCGCACCUCCUCACUCCAGCCUUUUGACAGCGAGUUUCUGCGGUCAUCGAGCGAGAUGUAUUCAUGUUUACCUGUGCACGUGUGACACCGUACUUGUUAAUUUAGUUAGUAAGGGAAUGUUUACAAGUUUAUACGGCCAAGGAAGCUAUUAUCCUUAGUUUGUAUAAUUGUCUAAUUUGCUAUCGCAGUCGAUGCUUAGCCUUUUGGGCGAAACUGCGACAUUUUUUCUGGGAGAUGUGUUGAAGCGAGGUUGAAGAAGCAUUCGGUCGCCUUUGUUUUUGCUCUUCAUCAUGCCAGUGUUGUGACAGCAAGUGUUUGCGGUUGUCGAGUGAGAUCUGUUCAUGUUUACCUGUGCGUGCGUGAGUGUGUGUGAGUGAGUCCCAGUGAACUGGAGCUUGCAUGAGUGAGUUUUAAGUCUGAAUUGCAUGCAGUUCCAUGUACUUUUUUUGUACACAGAAGUACAUGUGAGAUUGACUCCGUGUGAUCUUGAGUGAACUUGUCUGCAUAUCCACAAGCAGUGUCCUUUAGAACCAGUAAGCUUGUGUGAGGAAAUGCACACAGUGGUUCAACAAACCAAGUUGUACUAAUGCAAGAUGCCAGGACACACAGUAAAUUGUGGCAGCCUAUUGUGAAAUAUGAUCCUAUAUCUCCCAACCUGGCUGGCAUUGAGUGCUGUGUCCAUACUAAUAGUCGUAGGUCAGCGUACUCUCCCAUGCUCAUUUCACAGGUGAAUGUGUGCGCAGGAACUGUCAGUGGGUGGACAUAAGUACAAAAGCUAGGAAGUCUUCCCGCUCCCUCUACAGUGGUUUUCGAACCUAUGAGUCUCCUACUAAUCACGUACAACGGGGUUUUAGAGUUACUGAAGGACGUUAAAGCUCAUUCUGCUGGCAGGCAUUACGGAAUACCAACCAGCGUGUUGCAUGCCUGCCGUGAUGCUAUCGCAUAUUUUGAGUGCUGUUAUUUGAUAAAUCACUCAACUGUGGUUCUCUGCCGCAAGACUGGAAACUAGCCAAUGUAACCCCUGUUCAUAAAGGUGGCGCCAGAAAUUUCCCUUUGAAUUACAGACCUACAUCCCUGACGAGCAUUUGCUGUAAAGUCCUAGAGCACUUCAUAGCGCUGUCAUCAGGCAUUGAGAAUGUAAUACAGUUAAACCUGCUUAUAACGAACCUGCAUAUAACGAAUUCCUGGAUAUAACGAAGUUUUUCUAUUCCCCGCCGUUACUCCAUAGAAGCACAUGUAUAUUUGAGACCUCUACGUAACGAAGUGUCAGCGGGAGACCCCCUCGAAAUAACGAAUUUUCCCCGCCGACAAUCUAGAGAUUUCGCCCCAAAUUUUGUCAUUUUUGCACGAGCAGCAACCGGAAGCACAUUCACCGCCGCGACGGAAUGCGAAGCUAGCGCACGUGUGCGUGCGAGCGAGCGUGUGCGAGGCGGGCUUGCAUCCCUCGACCCGGCGAUCUUGACGCCGCGGGCGUGACCUUACCUCUCCCUUCAUUCAAACCUGAUCCUGCCGCUUGCUGCAGCUGUCCUAGCCCGCCAAGCUGGCACUCUCCUUUUCCAGUUGAUGUUGCCGACGUGCUGGCAGACGCUGUAACACAUCACACUCGAUGAGCGCGGACACGUGCUGUCAAACGCUGGUGUGGAAGCGCCGCUGCAGAAGCGAGCGAAGUGACCUUCGUGCUGUUGUCUAUCGCUUCAACGCAAACUGAGCGCAGAGAACACACAGCACCCACAAAGCUAUGAGCCGCCGACGCACCUACACUGCGUAGGCUCUGCCCCCAACGUAAAUCGCUUUCAAGAUACGGCCCGCACGACCCCGCGCUGCCGCGCACUACGCAGCUGAUGCCAGAGCACAACGCCGCCCGCUAUCCCUUGCCCUUCGCUCCCUCGCCGGUGCCUCGAGCGCAACAGAAGGCGCGCUUCCUCCCUGCUUUUCUUGCGCGCGCGAGAUUUAGACGCAGUUGUCGGCUCCCCUCGCAUGUUUUCACUCGCACAUACAGCAUACGGCGCGCGGCGACUGCGUUAUCGCCCUUGGACUUUAUACGGAACAUCUAUGAGCCAAAACAAAUUUUAGGGCCACAAUGCAUCAUAGACACCAUCUUUAGAUAGCAAAUACGGAUCUCAAGGGCCAUAUUUUUGCUUGCGGAAACCGAAAAUACGUCAUAGUUGUCGCCCCCGGCACUUAGGGCGGCCAAUGCCAUCUUCAAGCCACCAAGCCAAGCGACAUGAAAGGUCAAAACGGCCGCUCGGGCCGGUGCAGGGUGGCAGUUCGCAACGUAUGAUGCGGGAACGGUCCCACAGUUGCGACGCAACAGCAAGGUUACCAAUGCAUUGGGUUCUAUGGGAGCUGUGCCAGGACCGCCCGAAAACGACGUAACAGCCGGGAAAACGCAGCACCCGGGUACGUAACAGCGGGGUUCUACUGUAAUACUAAACAACGUUACGACGCCAUCGCGACGCUCGCUCUUCAUUUCCGAUGCCUCGCGCUUGUGCGAAACGACACGCGUCCACGCAUCCAGUACUUGGUGUGACAUUCCAAGGAUGAGUGCUUCGACGAAAACGGGUGCGCAUUACAAUUGAGGACGCUUUAGAAUUAAGUAAACACGGUAAGUGUUUCUUUUUCGAAUUUUCGUGCCGAACCUGCAUAUAACGAAAUCCUCUUUAUAACGAAGUUUUUCGGGAAUUUGUCAAUUUCGGUAUAUCCAGGCUUAACUGUAGCUACUUCACAAUCUGUAAGCAUAGGUUUUGAUCUGGUCUAUCUUAUACAACGCAGCUCCUAGAAUUUAGUCAUGACCUCAUCUCCAACUUUGACCGAGAUUAACAAGUGUAGGGCAUGUUCUUGGACAGAACAUGCAUACACUUGGGAGAAGGCCUUUGAUGUGGUCCCGCAUGCAUUACUGUUUCACAAACUAUCUUUUUUUUGUUUACAUGACACCAUACUUGAGUGCAUAAGAAUUUAUCUUCAUGAUCGCAGACAACAUAUAUUGGUGAAUGGUUCCCAAUCCUUUUGUCACUUCCGGUGUUCCGCAGGGGUCCGUUCUUGGGCCCCUGGUUUUCCUCAUGUUAUAUAGUUGAAGGAUUAACCUGUAAAGUAUGCUGAUGGCUGUGUGGUGUAUCAUAGUGUUAAUAACAUAAGGGAUGAGUCGUAUCUUCUAAGUGACUUGAAUUGUACACAGUAAUGGUGCAAAACGUGGACUGUCACUGAACCCUGCUAAAUGUCAUCAAAUGACCUAUUGAUAUUUCUUGUGGAGUAGACCUGAAGAAUACCUUGGCGCAUCAGAUCUUACCUGACCAAAACUGGUACAGUGCGUUUCUUCUAAAGCCCUCUGAACAUUAAAUUUGUUAAAUCAAAAUUUUGAGAAGGCACGACCAAAAAUUAACGAAAUUUUAUACUUCAACAUGUGAGGUCGAUCAUAGAGUAUGCAUGUGAGGGCUGGGAUCCCCAAUUUAACAAAGCAUGCCAAAUGUUGCAAUGUGUUCAGAAUCGUGCCUCCUGCUUCGUUUUGAACAACCAUGGCUCUUACGUUGGUAUCGCGUCCCUAAAAGGCUAGCUCGAAUGGGAUCCAAGCUGGAUAAGCUUGAACUCCUAUAUAGAAUUUACUCGAACCAAUCUGUGCGGAUGCAUACCUAUCUUCUCCACAUUUUGGAGAAUUUAUCAUGUUCAAAAAAUUUGUGAAAUAAAAUGGUGCACUUUGGUUCCUAAAAAGUGAUUUUGCCCUCUUACAAAUACUAUGUCGAACAAACUACCCUAGGGAGGUAUUGAUAUUAAUUCUGAGACGCAAUUUUGCUGUUCCUUGAUCGAUCCAUAUUAUGUAUAGCUAUCACAUUUAUCAUGUUGACCUGUAUUUGUUUUGUUAUUAUAUUAUGCAUGCCGUUUUUUCUCACUUCAUAUUUUGUAUAUUUUGUUAUACCCCUUUGUUGUAAUGCCUUAAUGGGUAUGCAGAUAUUGUAAAUAAAGAAAAAGUAAGUGGGCGAGAGUAUGAACUUGCCAGUGAAA